UAUGCCGUGUUGUGGUAUCUGCGGGACUGCUGAGGAGAGAGAAACCCCAAGGAUGGACGACACUUGCGAUAAAAAAAAUACUGAUGUUAUGAAAGUAAUGACUUUACAAAUGAUUCAAGAUAAGAGAAGGAAUGAAGAAUUACGAUUAAAAAUCGAAAGAAAGAAGGAACGAAAAAGACUAAGGAAAGAAAAGAGGAGAAAAAGGAGACAGAGAAAAAAGAUAGAGAGAGAAGCAAAAGAAGAAGAUAGUUAUGACAAUGACGAGGAUUUACCAACAAAGAGAUCAACCAAUUCUAAUGUCGACGAAACGUCGGCAAGUAAAACAGAUGACUUGUCAAAAAGUGAUGAAAAAGGUAUGAGGUGA